AUGGCGAAAUGCUGGCUAGUGCUCCUCUGCUUGGUGUUCCUCCUGCCGGCGACGAGCGCGACGUCGUGCCACGCCGACGACCUCUGCACUCUGCGGGACUUUGCCCGGAACCUCACCGGCGGUGGCGUCAUCCUCCGUGCAGCGUGGUCCGGAACCACGUGUUGUGGCUGGGAAGGUGUGAACUGCGACGGCGUAAGUGGACGCGUCACGGCGCUGCGGCUCCCCGGGCGCGGCCUUGCAGGACCCAUUGCAGGAGCAUCCUUGGCAGGCCUGGCAUGGCUGGAGGAGCUCAACCUUGCCAACAACAGACUGAUCGGCACCAUUCCAUCGUGGAUUGGUGAGCUUGACCACCUUCGUUACUUGGAUCUCUCGGAUAAUUCAUUGAUUGGCGAGGUACCCAAGAGUUUGAUACGGUUCAAGGGCAUCGCCAUCGCUGGUCGUUCACUGGGUAAGGCUUUCACUAACAUGCCAUUGUAUGUGAAGCGUAAUAGAAGAACACUCCAACAACAACCUCAACCAAAUACGAUAUCAGGGACCAACAAUACCGUCAGAUCUGGGAGCACCAAUGUUGUUUCUGGGAAUGACAACACUGUCAUAUCUGGGAACAACAACAGUGUGUCAGGGAGUAACAACACUAUCGUAACCGGGAGUGACAAUACCGUAGUUGGAAGCAACCAUGUCGUAUCUGGGAACAAGCAUGUCAUAACUGACAACAACAAUGCCGUAUCCGGAAACGACAAUAAUGUAUCCGGGAGCUUCCAUACGGUAUCCGGGAGCCGCAAUACAGUAUCUGGGAGCAACAAUACCGUAUCUGGAAGCAACCAUGUCGUGUCUGGGAGCAACAAAGUCGUAACAGGAGAUGAAUGA